GUGUAAUAAGAACAGCUUUGCCAAAUAUGGACAGAGAAGUGAAAGAACAAUAUCAAGUUCUAAUCCAAGCCAAGGACAUGGGAGGACAGCUGGGAGGACUAGCUGGUACUACCACUGUAAACAUUACUCUCACGGAUGUCAACGACAACCCACCCAGAUUUCCUAAGAGUAUCUUCCACUUAAAAGUACCCGAGUCCUCUCACGUUGGUUCUGCUAUUGGACGAAUCAGAGCUGUGGACCCUGAUUUUGGGAAAAAUGCAGAAAUUGAAUACAACAUAGUUCCAGGAGAUGGAGGAAACUUGUUUGACAUCACAACAGAUGAGAACACCCAGGAAGGAGUCAUUAAACUGAAAAAGCCAUUAGACUUUGAAACGAAAAAGGCAUACACCUUUAAAGUUGAGGCCUCCAAUCUCCAUCUUGACCAUCGAUUUCACUCAGUGGGACCAUUCAAAGAUACUGCCACAGUGAAGAUAAAUGUGUUGGACAUGGAUGAACCUCCAGUGUUCAGCAAGCCUAUGUACACGAUGGAGGUUUAUGAGGAUACGCCUGUGGGCACCAUUAUAGGUGCAGUGACAGCACAAGACCUCGAUGCAGGCAGCAGCUCGGUUAGAUACUUCAUCGAUUGGAAGAAUGAUGUGGACAGCUACUUUACAAUAGAUGCUAUUGAAGGGACCAUUGCUACUAAUGAAUUACUGGACAGAGAAAGCACAGCACAAUACAAUUUCUCUAUAAUUGCAAGUAAAGUUAGUAACCCACUAUUAACCAGCAAAGUCAACGUUAUAAUAAAUGUUCUGGAUGUCAACGAGUUUCCUCCUGAAAUUUCAGUUCCAUAUGAGACAUCUGUAUGUGAAAAUGCCAAGUCAGGACAGGUCAUACAGACCAUCACUGCAGCAGACAAAGAUUUGUCACCAGCUGGGCAAAGGUUUUCCUUCAAACUGACAUCUGAGGCUUCCAACAAACCAAAUUUCACAGUCCAUGACUACAGAAACAAUACAGCUGGGAUUGAAACCAGGAGAAAUGGCUACAGCAGAAGGCAGCAAGAGCUAUACUUUCUUCCAAUAGUAAUAGAAGACAGUAGUUAUCCUGUCCAGAGCAGCACAAACACAUUGACUAUCCGUGUUUGCAGAUGUGAUUCUGAUGGUACCAUCCAGUCCUGCAAUGUGGAAGCAAUCUUCUUACCAGUCGGCCUCAGCACAGGAGCACUGAUUGCAAUCUUGUUGUGUAUUGUUAUACUUCUAGUCAUUGUGGUACUGUAUGUAGCACUACGGAGGCAGAAGAAAAAAGACACCCUGAUGACCUCUAAAGAAGACAUCAGAGAUAAUGUUAUCCAUUAUGAUGAUGAAGGAGGUGGAGAAGAGGACACCCAGGCUUUUGACAUAGGUGCCCUGAGGAAUCCUAAAGUGAUUGAAGAUAACAAAAUCCGCAGGGACAUAAAACCAGACACUUUGCGUUUUCCACGCCACAGACCACCAGCAGAAGAUAACACAGACAUAAGAGAUUUCAUUAAUCAAAGGCUGCAGGAAAAUGAUGUAGAUCCAUCUGCACCCCCUUAUGACUCCUUGGCAACCUAUGCUUACGAAGGAAAUGGAUCUGUUGCAGAGUCUCUCAGCUCUAUAGACUCCCUUACUACAGAGGCAGACCAGGAUUAUGACUAUCUGAGUGACUGGGGACCUCGCUUUAAGAUCUUGGCUGACAUGUUUGGAGAAGAAGAAAGCUAUAAGCCUGACAAAGUCACUUAAGUACAGCUACAACAGUGAAAUAAAAAGAAAAGUAAACCAACAACAGAUUUGAAAGAUAAACCUAAGCUUUAUAUAGGACAUGAUUCCUUUGAUUAUAAAAGACAGCAAUUGUUUCCAGCAAGUUACUACAUUUAUCAUACUGUCAGUUUUGGUUUGAUCUGCAAAGGAAAGAUAAAUCCUGUAACAUACACAGGUUUUUGUUGUUGUUAUUUUGUUACUCUGGAAUUACACUGAGACAAGCUCAGGCCUACAAGGUGCAGUUUACUGACCUGACUUAGAAAGAAGAUAGCUUUCUGGCAUCACGGUGGAAGAGUGGUAGCUUUUUCGUAAUUCCACUAAAGUGCCUAUUGAAACUUUUAUCAUUUAAGUGGUAGAGUCUGCUGUGAUGGUGUUACAAAACUGAAUGGUAAAUCGGACACAAACUAAGUCAAGAAGCAAUAGCAACAUGCUGACUUCUUUUAGAACAAAGAUGGAGAUCAGUUCCUGGAGUGUAUCUAAUGACUAGAACUAAGGGGGAGGGGGUGUGUGUACAUUGUGUUUGGGGGUUUUGUUUGUUGGCUUUUUUUAAAGAAAACAGUAUGUCAAGACAUCAUAUUUCUUCUUCCAAAAUUUCACUGAAAAUUUAAAAUUCUAUUUCUCACUCUG